AUGAAAUUCCUUCUCGUCGUUGCUUUCAUCGGCUUAGCCGCUGCCGAAAAGGGCUACAGCAAUUACCAUUUCAUCUUUGAGAAAGAUCGAUUGACGAAACUGAAAAAGAUAGAGUCAUUCAAACAAAACACCGAGACUAAUAUCCGUGCGUUGUUUUCAGACUGCUACCAAUGUGAAUACAACACCAGGGAUUCCAAUGCCGGGUUUGGUGCCUGCGCUGCCCCAAGUGAAGCCAGCGGUGUCGAUGUCUGGGAAUGUCCCUCGGGCACCUGUUACAGUCGUUACAACCCACUCACAGGAUUCGUGAUCCGUGGAUGUCUUGCCGGCGAGACCAACGUCGUCCCAGUCAUCAACGGCUGCACCAGAAAUGCCAAUGGCGAAGUUGUCUGCUCCUGCGCCGCCGGUCCAGUCCCAUGUAACGAUGACAACAUGGCCCCAUACUACGGUGAAAAAUACAGCUCUGGCUACGACGGUUACGGUAAAGGCUACGGUUACGGUCGUCCCUCUGGUUACGGCGGUAGCUAUGGCUACGGUCGUCCCUAUGGCUACGGUCGUCCCUAUGGCUAUGGAGGCCCUUACGGUUACGGCAAAAAGGUUUAUUAAGUUCACUGAUAAUAGGGUUCUCAUUAGCUUUCGGGUGUAAUAUGUUGUAGGAUCACUCCUAUAUCUGGUUUACAAAAAUAAAGUUGAAAUCUCA